AUGCCUGUGAAACAUCCACAUUCUUCCCCUAACGGUCCACCUUCUUUUACCUCUCGUCUUUUCAAUAAAUUCUCAUCCUCACUAGCUUCAUUCAACGUCAAAAAGGAGACCUUAUCUGAGAAAGAAGGCGUCAGCUUCAUACAUCAGCGUUCGUUACGACACACUUCCAAAUUUUGCAACAGUCAAAGUACCUUCUACCAAGAACCGGUGAAACGAAGUGCCAUUUUCUACGCCGACGGUAUUGACGACCGGCAACCACAGCACUUUGCAGAGCGGAGUGCCGAGGGCAUACCGAUCUUCGAUGAAGACCAUCGCUCUCAGAGAGGGUUUGACUCCUACAAGCUGAAGACCGUGCCGGAGCUUGAUGCUGUGCACGACGUCUCAAGCCGCUUGGGUCGCCGAAAUCGUGGUUUUUUGGACGAUUACUCGGUUCAAAAGGUCCAAAAAGGCACCGCAGCCACCGCGGCCACCGAUUCGGAGAUGCACCGCUUUGUCAACAGCGAUGACUACCUUCUCGCCCGAGGUGCGAACCCCCGAACCGGAGUUGUUACGCCAGGAUCCCACAGCGCUAGCAACUCCGUUGACCAGAACCAAAAUGACUUGUCUAGGAUUGGGAGCCAAGUACCCUCGCGUCGAUGGCGGCAAAGAGGUGACCAAUGGGUCAGCUUGGGUCUAGAUGAACCAACGCCCCAGCCAACGUCGUUGAUAGAUGAGCCUUUGGAGCAUCAAUAUCAACCCCUGAGGAUACCACAGAAGCUCGCAACCCAGGAAAAGCGGGAUUCAUUGCUUAAUCUUGGAAGAGGGGAAGAUGGGUCUGCGACGAAUCUAGCCUACAUUCCUGGAGAACAACCCUAUCUUUAUCAGAAGUCGCUGGGACUGGAUAUGAAAGAGGAUGUUGCCUAUGGCGGUGUUCAACAAGCCAAUAUCCUGGACGGUAUAACCAUAAACAGACCGAUUAAGCGGAAACCUGUUGGGAGUCCUCCAGCUGGAAGCGCAAUCAAUCCAAGCGCGCAUCCUCAGCGAGGGACAAGCGGAAGCACAGAUACCGUCCGAAAGAACCCCAUGUUCAGCAGCGAAGUACGGUUCUCCUCUGCACCUGAUAUUGUGAAAGGACGCCUGUUCCAACCUUACACAAUGGAGAAGACUCUACCAAAGAUUCCGACCUCUAGAUCAGAUACUGCAAGUCAAACUGGGGAGGCUCCUUUUUUAGGAGUUCCACAAGCAGACCAGCAAGUAGACGGCCAAAAUUCAAAAAUCUCAAACAUCUCUGGCCAUCAUACAGCCGAAAAAGAACUACCAUGUCUGCCGAUGAACAAUGGCCAAUUCUGGUCGAUCCCGGAGCAGACACCGUACCCGAUUACUUCAGAGGGAGUGAAGGAAACGAGCAUGACGGCAUUUCAGCCCUUGCACAGCGAGCCUCCGAAGGGGCCGAGGGCAAGCGACUUCGUGCAUCCACACGGUCGCGGGAGGAAGUCAAUCUACCCAAUAGCCCCGGAGGCGACGCGCCUCAAACCUAUGGGGGAGAGAGUGAUGCCAAUCCCAGAGUACGACAACCCCCCGAAGCUCCUAUUGCCGUCGACGCAGACCAGUGGUCCCAAAGUCAAAGGACCAAGGGCUCCGCCCCUACAGGGAGUAGAACUUCUAGAUGGAACGAGACAAAACCUCAAUCCACGGUCGAAUAUCACUACCAUGUCCACAGACAUAUCUAUGGGUGCGCGCCGUCUUCAAAGGCCCAGCCGACCACUCCGACAGCCGCAGCCGCCCGACUAUUGGAUAGCCAGCCGUGGCCAGCAGGCUUUCCACCCGAAACCACUUCCGUUAACUGGCACAGACACCAUCAUGAACAACAACAUGAACCGGAGUGCCGAUGCCUUCAUGCCAGUCCCAAUGCCAAGGAUCAGGCCCAGGGAAGCAGCACGGCCCCCAUUGAUCACAAGGGAGGAGAUGUACCGGAUACCCAGAAUCGUGCCGACAAGCAAUCAGCCAGAAUCAAGAGACGUAAAACCCCGCCAGAUGUUGAUGUCACAGAGUGUGGAGCCUGGAGCAGGAGAACACGGAUUCGUGACAGAAACGAGUCUGAUGCCAAAACCACUGAAACCACGAUUACAACCCUUCCAAGGGCCCGCCGCGUCGAAGGAUACAAAACCCCAGCACGCAGCAGUGAGCGCGAGCGGCGCCGGCCUGAAGAGGAGAUGCAGCCAUUGCAACCAGGACGUCAAGCUUCUCAAUUCGGAUAGUGUCACCCCUAUGUCCGCCCUCCAGAAGGACGUCGCCAGAGCAAGCGUGGGUACUGAACGUUUGCAUCCAAGGGGAAGCCCACUGCCAGAAUUGCGCCAGGAUGUAGCUCCACAACAAAACGCAGAAGCCCAAAAAGCUAUCAUGAGUCACUUGCACAACAACGUCAAUGUCGUCGACGAACGUGAUCAUACGAUCUGCUGCCCAGAGUGCUGCAAACAAGAUUGUCAUGAAGGUUGUCUCGGACACCCGAGCCCACCAUGGCCAUCUGGUGGUAUGAGCAACCUCUAUUUGGACGCUCGGAGUUCAACCAGUUCUAGUGAUUUGGGAGCGCAAGACCAUUUGGAGAUAGAGAAGCCUCAAGAGAGAGGCAGGCUCACACGGCUUGCUGACCUCAAACCUGCACUGAAGAGGUCGCACAAAAAGGAAGAGGUAACCAAGUCUGGCAACCAUAUUCAGGCAGCCUUGUCUAAAGCUGGCGCUAGUGAAUUGACUUUGCACCCGCCAUUACCUUCGAUGAAAUCUGUUCAUGACUCGGUCAAACGGCUACCAGGUGCAGUGGCAGCAGCCGUGAGCGCCAUGGAGUCACCAUGGCAGAAAAGAACGAAACAGCCGUUGGCGGCGGUAUUCGGUGCCAUCGAGGCAUCACAACACAGAGUUUCUGCGCCGCGCCCAACUUUUCAUAGAAGGAAAAGAAGUUCAAGUUUACCCAUUAUUGGGACUGGCGUCACUUCACGCCCCAGUAAUAGGGACGCUCAAUAUCUCCGCGCCGCAAGCGGAGGCUCUCGGCUCCGCGUUGCCACACCUCUCGCCCUCGCAAUGGCCUGCUCCAAGUCCAGUGAGAAUGGCCAUUCGAAAAGCCGCAAUGUCAGUGGUGCGAGCUCCACCACUAUCGAGCUGCAGGUCCCGAAUUUUUUAUCACUGGCCUCCUAUGGCAGUUGUGGUGCCAUUGGAGAAGUGCUUCUCAUACCCUUUCAAGCUGGCCAGAUGUGGAUUCGCAAUCACCCUCAGAUCAUCACCGUUGGGAAAGAAAUGGGUCAGAGAAGCUGGGCAAUGGCGCAGCUCAUGACAAAGACGGGGUGGCGUCUAUGGGCGAUGAUAUUUGUAUACUCCAAGACUGGGAAGAUCAAAUUCCAUGUCAGCCAAGGGGAGACUGCCGGUGGAUUUAUACUGGACGUGGGCAGGAGCCUGCUAUACUUGAUCAUCUUUGCUGCGUUGAGCACGCUAGCGAUGCGUGUAUUGGGAAUGGUGAGAGGAUUGCUGGGAAUCAUCGUGUGGAUUGUCCGGACUAUAUUUUGGGUGUUGAAGGGUAUCUUGGGGUUGCACAGGUGA